CCCAUGAUUCCAAAAAAUUUCAGGAAACAAACAUUCAAAAUUCAAAAAUUCCACAACUUCCGCAAAGAGUGGAGCGAAUUCGCUACUAUAAAAGUCGAGAACGAACUCACUGCCCCUCCAAAAGUAGUAACCACGCACACUCACAAAAAUCAGUGUAGUAGGUCGAGAAAGAGCCCAACGUUAGCCCAUCCCACCCCACCACCAGCUCCACGCGAAGCGAUUUCAAAAACGAAGCAUUUGAAUUCGGUGCACAUUGACUCACUCGUAACCGCAGCUAACGGCCGCAGAUUCGCCCACUCUCUUGCGCAACGCCAAAUCUGUCCCCUACCGCAGUCAGAAGCGAAGAUAAAAAACAAAAAAUAAAAAUUUGAAAAAAUAAAUACCAUGUUUCAAAUGCUGCAUGUAAAUAGUUAGCCCCCAUAUGCGUCGCAGCGUUCGAUCGCGUACCUGCUCCCGGUCCCCACCCAACCGCGAGCGAGCCUUUGGGUACGUGAAGCAGCGACCACGGGGGGCUCGAAUUUGGGCUCUUGCAUGGGUCGAGGAGUAACCUUUGAGGAGGAAGAUAUUUAUCUUCUCCCCGGUUAGAGUUUAAUAAUUACCCUCCGAAAGUCGAGUGUUGUAUCUCGGGGGUUGGAUUUCGGUAAAGUUUCUAUGGUUGAAGUCAAAAAGGAAGAUCACACAUAGUGCUUGUCCUGUCCAAGCAUAAAAUACAAUAUCAAGCGAGGUUCAAUUAUAUGAGGCUAUAUCCAGAGGGAGUGGCAGAUUCAUUGACCUGAAUCUACAAGUCCCGUCGCUGUUGACUUGGAAGCCAGAAGACAGAAGACACAUCCUGACAAUGGGUGGAAAAGCGGACCAUUCAUUGCUCAUAUGCACACAAGCGCAGAGAAAAGUGAGCAAAAUUGUACCGGCUAAUAUCUCGUCCACCGAGAGGAGGAGGAGGAGGAGGAGGAGGAGGAAGAUAUGGGAUGAGAAAAUCGGUACGCUUGGAACAAUUUCAUGUCUCACGCCACCGAAGACGAGCAAGACAAGGCUUGUGUCUGACUGAAUGACUCUUUGUGCAUGGAUUCCACUGCAUCAACUUGUUGGUGUCUAGGGUACGAUCUGGUGGUUGGAGCGCCUCGGAAAGAUUAGGUCCGGGGACGUAUUGAAUCGUGAACAGCCGACCGAGUGCUGGUAGAUCUGCAACUUAAUUGAGCCCUCAGAAUGAUCCCAAACUCUUGCGAUGAACAUCAGAGCCUGCUGCUUUAGAGAGCCUCACUGUACGUCACGAGCAUAGUGAAACAUAAAUGGUUCGGUCGAGAAAUGAGUUUCCCAUAAUAUGUGCUCAGAGGAGUAGAUUCCCUAGCUGUAAGGUGGACCGCAUCGGUUCGAUACACAUUCCUUCCACUAGAAAACGCUCUCAUGGUGAUGGCGCGACGAGGAAAUAGUGAAUCUAGGUCGACUGAAAGUAUGAUAAAUUGACGGGUGGUGGAUAUUUUACACACAUGGGCUUCACUUACAGAUGAGGACGCUCAGCACAACAUAAUACAAAAAAAUUCACGAAUAAAUUGACGAAAGAUGAUCAGACAAGACUCGCGAGCAUAGUGACACGAGUCAAUAAUGACUCGAUGGACAGCACAGCUCCGUAGCGUAUGAUGUAACCGAGAAGAAACGAGCGUUUGACCAGAUCUGCUCGAAAAUUCGAUCCAUUUGUCCUCGUAAGCACCUUGAUUGAGAGAAGUCAUGAGCCAGGCCGGCGUUGCGACUCAAGGCGAUGAUGAUAGAUUUCUAAAGGUUUGCACAUCAAAGAGCAAGUUGUAAGGCACUAUUUCAGCUGAAACGCUGCGUCUACCUAAAAGAGUAGUCUUG